GUCACUUGUCCAUGCUCAAUCCGAGCUCAGGGUCAUGUUUUUUUUUUUUUUUUUUUACUUUACCCGUAUUAUUAUAUGUACGUGUUUAUUUUAUUGACUGUAUAAUGUGGGUCACAACAGGAUAGCUGCAGUGAAGCGCAAUGUCCAGUAGGUGGCGGCUGAGUUCCAUCACAAGAGAAUUGAGAAUGAGGACGUUGAGAUUGAUGUAAACAACAACCAUCUGUCGUGAAAAACAUGAGGAAUAAUACGCUUACAUUACACUCAAAGGAGAUGAGGUAUUAUGAAUUUAAAAAAAAAACGGUGUCAUCAUGUCAAAAUACACCAAGGAUCAAGAACUGUAGAAACAUGUUGAUAGAAUAUUUCCUGCCGUGCUGACAUUGGCUCAUUUUAGGGUCAGAUUUGUCUCGUGCAGCGCACCAACCCCCAUAACGCAGCACUUUCAUCAGUUUGACAACCCAGCGGGCCGCACCUCGUUUUGUCGUCUGCUUGCGUCGAUUGGCGGAAGGAGAUCGUGGGAAACAAGCGAGCGCCCAAGACAGUGACAGCAUUUUUGUCUCACGUGGACACGUCAUCAAACAACCGUUCCAAACGGCCAACAAUUUCACAGAGCCAUCAACGCCCCCCGCCGGCGACGACCGGAUCCGCAGCCGCUCCCUCCUCCUCCGUGUCACGUGACCCCACUGGCAAGCAAAGCAAAGCGGCAGCGAAGCUCGGCGAGCCUCCCCCGUCCUCAGCCUCAUCCCCAUCCCCUGCCGCGACGAGCACGACCAGCCCCGGCGCCGGAGACUGCAACCGCCGCGAGCCGCCACUUGCGCCAUCCGAGGUCGGCGGACGCCAUGGCGGACCCCCGCUAAGAGGCGAGACUCGGGAGCCCCCUUUCUUUGUUCUCCUCGCGGUGCGCCUUUUCGCUGAAGGGAGAAGCGGCGGCGAAGAGGGAGGAGGAGGCUGAAGGCGUUUUUCGCCGCUCUACGAGGCGGAAAUGGCGGACCGCGAGGCGUCGCCGAUACCGUUGGAGAUCCGAGCCCGCCUGGCGGAGCUGGAGCUGGAGCUGUCAGAGGGGAUGGAAGGUCCUAUGUCACACCGGGUCCCACUGGGCCCGCCCUCCGCCGCCCGCUUCCACCGCCGGCGAACAUCGGGCACGAGAGACGAGCGAUACCGUUCAGACGUCCACACGGAGGCGGUCCAAGCCGUGCUGGCACGCCACGUGGAGCGGAAGGUGGCGGUGCCCAUGCCGUCCAAACGGCGCUCCCUGGUGGUGCAGACCUCCAUGGACGCGUACACGCCGCCAGGCCUGUCGCCCCUGUGCUCAGACUCCUCGUCGGGCUCGGAGGAGGAGGCGGGCCCCUGCGACGACAUGUCGGGCAUGGAGCACUGGAUGGGCCGCCCGUCCCAGCUGGGCCCCGCCCACCUGGGCUCCACCUCCUCCUCCUCCUCGUCCACGCAGAGCGGCGGCAGCGGCAACGCCGGGCGGCUGGCCGACUCGCUGGCGCACGCGCACAUCUCGCACCUGGCGCACCUGGCGCACACGCACAUGGGACCGGCGCAUCUGCAGCAGAGCCACCUGGUGCCCUCGCACCACGGCAUCGGCCACCUGUCUCUGAAGAGGAAAGGAGCGCUAAGCGUCGCUGAGAACGGAGGAUCUCUGCGGCGGUCCUGUGAGUUCGGCUCGGACAUGCUGUGGCCGCCGCCGCUGGAGUCUGACGAAAACCACUCGGGCCCGCCGGACGUGACGGGCUACUCGUCAGACUCGCCGCACUCCCACACGGAGCGCCAUCCCAUGUCCAACAUGGGCACCAUCGCCCGCAACACGCAAAAGUACGGCAACGCGGAGCGCAUGGAGACCAGCGACGGCGUUCCAGUCAGCAGUCGCGUGUCGGCCAAGAUCCAGCAGCUUGUCAACACGCUCAAGCAACCUCGCCGGCCGCCGCUACGAGAGUUCUUCGUCGAUGACUUUGAUGAACUUCUAGAAGUCCAACAACCGGACCCCAAUCAGCCUCGCCCCGAGGGCGCUGAGAUGAUGCCGGUGCGGGGGGACGCCCUGGGGGUGGUCACCAACUGGCCGCCGUCGCUGGAAGCCGCCCUCCAACGCUGGGGCACCAUCUCCCCGAAAGCCCCCUGCCUCACCAGCCUGGACACGGCGGGGAAGCCCCUCUACGUCCUCACCUACGGGAAGCUGUGGUCGCGCAGCAUCAAGCUGGCCUACAACAUCCUCCACAAGCUGGGCAGCAAGCAGGAGCCCAUGGUGCGGCCCGGGGACAGGGUGGCGCUGGUGUUCCCCAACAAUGACCCCGUGGCCUUCGUGGUGGCGUUCUACGGCUGCCUGCUGGCGGAGGUGGUCCCGGUUCCCAUCGAGGUGCCCCUCAGCCGCAAGGAUGCCGGCAGUCAGCAGAUUGGAUUCCUGCUGGGAAGCUGCGGCGUCACCGUGGCGCUGACCAGCGACGCCUGCCACAAGGGGCUCCCCAAGAGCGCCACAGGGGAGAUUCCGCAGUUCAAAGGUUGGCCCAAACUGCUGUGGUUUGUCACCGAGUCCAAGCACCUGUCCAAGCCGCCCAGGGACUGGUUCCCCCACAUCAAGGACGCAAACAACGACACGGCUUACAUCGAGUAUAAAACGUGCAAAGACGGCAGCGUUCUGGGCGUCACCGUGACGAGGAUCGCGCUGCUCACGCACUGCCAGGCCCUCACUCAGUCCUGCUGCUACACUGAGGCCGAGACCAUCGUCAACGUUCUGGACUUCAAGAAGGACGUGGGCCUGUGGCACGGCAUCCUGACGAGCGUGAUGAACAUGAUGCACGUGAUCAGCGUGCCGUACUCGCUGAUGAAGGUCAACCCGCUGUCGUGGAUCCAGAAAGUGUGCCAGUACAAAGCCAAGGUGUCCUGCGUAAAAUCCAGGGACAUGCAUUGGGCUCUGGUGGCCCACAAGGACCAGAAAGACAUCAACCUGAGCUCCCUGCGCAUGCUGCUCGUGGCCGACGGAUCCAACCCUUGGUCCAUCUCGUCGUGCGACGCCUUCCUCAACGUCUUUCAGACCAAAGGCCUGCGAGCGGAGGUCAUCUGUCCCUGCGCCAGCUCGCCCGAGGCUCUGACGGUCGCCAUCAGGAGACCAGUGGAGGACAGCAGCCAACCUCCGGGCCGCGGCGUGCUGUCCAUGCAGGGCCUCAGCUACGCGGUGGUCCGCGUGGACACGGAGGAGCGUCUGUCCGUCCUCACCGUGCAGGACGUCGGCACGGUGUCGCCGGGAGGCCUGGUGUGCGUGGUGAAGCCCGAAGGCGUCCCUCAACUGUGUCAGACCGACGAGAUCGGCGAGCUGUGCGUGUGCGCCAUCGCCACCGGCACGUCGUACUACGGCCUCACCGGUAUGACGAAAAACACGUUCGAGGUGUACCCGGUGAGCGGCGGCGGGGGGCUGGUGAGCGAGUACGCCUUCGUGCGCACCGGCCUGCUGGGCUUCAUCGGGCCCGGGGGCCUGGUCUUCAUCACGGGCAAGAUGGACGGCCUCAUCAUGGUCAGCGGGCGCCGGCACAACGCCGACGACGUGGUGGCCACGGCCCUGGCUGUGGAGCCGAUGAAGUUCGUGUACAGGGGAAGGAUAGCCGUGUUCUCCGUGACCGUCCUGAGGGACGAGAGAAUCGUGGUGGUGGCCGAGCAGAGGCCGGACUCCACGGAGGAGGACAGUUUCCAGUGGAUGAGCCGCGUCCUGCAGGCCAUCGACAGCAUCCACGGCGUGGGCGUGUUCUGCUUGGCUCUGGUUCCGGCCAACACGCUGCCCAAGACCCCGCUAGGUGGCAUCCACCUGUCCGAGAUCAAGCAGCUGUACCUGGAAGGGGGGCUGCACCCCUGCAACGUCCUCAUGUGCCCCCACACCUGCGUCACCAACCUGCCCAAACCUCGCCAGAAGCAACCAGAGAUCGGCCCCGCCUCUGUGAUGGUGGGCAAUCUCGUGUCCGGCAAGCGAAUCGCUCAGGCCAGCGGCAGAGAUCUGGGACAGACGGAUGACAACGACCAGUUCCUCUUUCUGUCUGAAGUUUUGCAAUGGCGAGCUCAGACCACUCCGGACCACGUUCUCUACACGCUGCUCAGCUCUCGGGGGGCAGUCUCUAGCUCGCUCACCUGCCUGCAGCUCCACAAGCGGGCGGAGCGAGUGGCCGCCCUGCUGAUGGAGCGAGGCGGCCUGCGGGAAGGAGACCACGUGGCUCUGGUCUACCCGCCAGGUAUCGACCUGAUCGCCGCCUUCUACGGCGCCCUGUACGCCGGCUGCGUCCCCAUCACGGUGCGACCGCCUCACCCGCAGAACAUCUCCACCACGCUGCCCACCGUCAAGAUGAUCGUGGAGGUCAGCCACUCGGCCUGCGUGAUGACCACGGCCGUCAUCUGCAAGCUGCUCCGCUCCAAAGAGGCCACGGCCACGGUGGACAUCAGGAACUGGCCGCCCGUCCUCGACACCGAUGACCUGCCAAAGAAGAAGCCCCCAGCGUUGUACAAACCCACCAACCCCGACGGUUUGGCGUAUUUGGACUUCAGCGUGUCCACCACCGGCAUGCUGGCCGGCGUUCAGAUGUCCCAUAAUGCCGUGGGAGCGUUCUGUCGGUCGGUGAAGCUGCAGUGCGAGUUGUACCCUUCCAGAGAGGUGGCCAUCUGCCUCGACCCGUACUGCGGACUCGGCUUCGUCCUCUGGUGUCUCUGCAGCGUCUACUCGGGUCACCAGUCCAUCCUUAUCCCGCCGGUGGAGCUGGAGUCCAACCCGGCGCUGUGGCUGCUUGCCGUCAGCCAGCUGAGGGUGCGAGACACCUUCUGCUCCUACAGCGUCAUGGAGCUCUGCACCAAAGGUCUCGGCCUGCAGACGGAAACCCUCAAGGCCCGCGGUCUGGACCUGUCCAGGGUUCGGGCCUGCGUGGUGGUGGCCGAGGAGAGGCCCAGGAUGUCCCUCACGCUCUCCUUCUCCAAACUCUUCAAAGAUCUCGGCCUGCACCCGCGUUCGGUCAGCACGGCGUUCGGCUGCAGGGUCAACUUGGCCAUCUGCUUGCAGGGCACGUCAGGACCGGACCCCACCACGGUCUACGUGGACAUGAGGGCGCUCCGCCAUGACAGGGUGCGUUUGGUGGAGAGAGGAUCUCCUCACAGUCUGCCUCUAAUGGAGUCUGGAAAGAUCCUGCCUGGCGUUCGCAUCAUCAUCGCCAACCCCGAGACCAAAGGACCUCUGGGGGACUCGCACCUGGGAGAGAUUUGGGUGCACAGCGCUCACAACGGCAGCGGCUACUACAGCGGCUACGGCGAGGAGGUCCUCCAGUCGGACCACUUCAACUCCCGGCUGAGCUUCGGAGACACGCAGACCGUGUGGGCCCGGACGGGCUACCUGGGCUUCCUCCGCCGCACCGAGCUCACCGACGCCAACGGAGAGAGGCACGACGCUCUGUUCGUGGUGGGCGCCUUGGAGGAGGCCAUGGAGCUGCGGGGCAUGAGGUACCACCCCAUCGACAUCGAGACGUCUGUCAUCCGCGCCCACAAGAGCAUCAUGGAGUGCGCCGUGUUCCCGUGGACCAACCUGCUGGUGGUGGUGGUGGAGCUGGAGGGCUCGGAACAGGAGGCGCUGGACCUGGUUCCCAUGGUGACCAAGGCGGUGCUGGAGGAGCACUACCUGAUCGUGGGCGUGGUGGUGGUGACCGACAUCGGCGUCAUCCCCAUCAACUCGCGCGGCGAGAAGCAGCGCAUGCACCUGCGCGACGGCUUCCUGCAGGACCAACUGGACCCCAUCUACGUGGCCUACAACAUGUAGCGCGCCGGGGACGUCGCGUGAGUCACCUCCGACCGGGGAAGCCUCGCGGGAACGGAGGGGAAAAGCAGUGAGGAGCUUCUUGUAAAAAUAUAAAUAUUGUACAUUGACAUAACAAUCUAUAUGGAGAGGAACCUAAAAGACCAGGAGGUGUCUAGUAGCCCCCUUUAUGCAGCCCUCUUCCCGAACCCCCCGCGGACCCCCGUGAGUGUGCGUGCGCAAUUGUGAGCGAGAACGGGACUUUUGCUGCUGCCUCACCCGGAGUUCCAAGUGACGUCGAGAGGGAAACUUUCCACGGGAAUGAAUGGGCGCGAACUGAUAAUAUUGCAAAACUCACCGGCAUAUAUGCUUUAUCCUCUGCAAAGAAUGACUAAUCUUAGUACGUUAAACUGAGGAAUGAAGUAAGUGCUGUAUUGUACUGCCCCCUGGUGGCCAAAGUCAACGCACCAGAAGGAGCAGCACAGUGUCCGUUGAAUGGAAGCAAAAAAAAUUCUUUGCACUCCAUUAUGUAUUUACUGUAUGUUUUGUAAAGUACGCAAAUACAGAGUGCUAUUUAUUCCCCGAUAAAAACACAGUCUAAAAUCCGUUAUUAUUUUGUUUCUCAAUUUUUUUUCCCCCCCCACAGCCGUGCAUUUUAGCUAAAUUGUAACGAAAGUACGAUUCGCGUACCUCGGCUUCGAAGUGGACCAAAUUGUGAAUUGCUCGAGCUGCGCGCAAUCACUCGUUUUUGAUUUUUGAAACUCCUGGCGCUGUAAUGCCCUCGCACGCGGGCAGGGGGAGCUAUCUAAUUUUGCAUGGGCGUCUGCGUACGAAAACCAAAAUGUUUCUACGUAUUUAUGCUUGAAUAUACAUUUCCGUUCAUUUACCCUCGAUCCCCACUUCAUUUCCAUGGAAAGUUUCCGAUUUGCGUUAUUUAUUUAAUCCCCCACUUAAAAAUCCCAUGGAAAUUUGCCAGAAAUCCCCCCCCACCCUCCAACCGGAGUCAUCACUUGUUCCUGUGGAGAUAAAGCAAAAAAGAAAAAUGGAGGACAAGCGCUUGGAGUUGAAUUUGGAGGAGCGACGCCCGUGCAAACACGUCAACAUGUUGACGCGUCACUCAAGGUCAGCGAUGGAGAGAAAUGAUGUUUGAUGGCUGCCCGGAAGUUCCCGUCCGGUUCUGUACGCCGUCUUGGGAAGUGCCGUGCGCGUCGGUGGGUUCUCAAACUGCGGUCCGUGGACCCCCAGGCGUACAGGGGCCUGAGCUUGGGUGCCCGCAAAACAAAUUACAGCAAACGCCGCGUAUUUGGGGUUCAGCAUUCACAAAUUCAUUUGCAAACACAUAUUAGGGAUUUUCGAGGGGGGAACUUAUCCUCUGUUACUCGCUUUAAGGUAUCCUGGUGCCCAAAAGCUGUUGAAGUGAUUUCAGGAGCUUCAUUUAGCCAAAAGUACCAUAAUUUCCGGCCUACAAGACUUCUUUCACACGCUUUCAAUCCUGCGGUUUAUGUGGUAAUGUGGCGCUAGCAUUAGCGCACCUGGUUAUAAGCCUCGGUACACAGAAAGAGUUAACGCUAGCGCAAACUCUGUGGGCCGGGAAUUACGGUAGUGCUUUUACGCCGCCUUGUGCUAUCUUGGUGUCAAGGAUCUAUGUUGAGUUGAGUUGAGAAGUUUAAUACAGGCAAAAGUACUGCUUUUCUCCCAUCUUGGAGCCAAUGCAUUACGUUGAAGUUAGUUGAGGAGCUCCAUUUCAACAAAAGUAGUGCUUUCCUGCUAUCUUGUGGCAUCUAGGUGCCAAGGAACGACGUUGAAGUGAUUUCAGUGUCACUUAAAAGUGUUUUAUCGGCAUUUUUUCUGCCAAGGAAUUACGUGGAAGUGAGUUGAGGAGUUUAAUAUAGACAAAAGUAGUGCUUUGUCACCAUUUCUUGGCAUUUAUAUGCAAUUAUCAACCCUCAAUUUUAAGUGGAAUUCAAUUCUUUUUAACACCUCAAGCCGUUUCAGGUUGAAACUUUCCAAAAAGUGUUUCUUCUGGCAUCGGUAGUCUCCCCCGGACCCGGAAAGUUUGAGAACCCCCGCUUUACACGGAGAAUCCAUUUACCGCUAAGCUAAUACUGUAGCAAUCGAAGACCCAAAGCUUUACCUGUGACAGAAACAAAGUGGAACGUUUGGAUUUUCAGACGGCACCAGCUAGUCGGCGGGGGUCCACUUUUAUUUUUCGGAGCGAAAACCAGUUUGCAUGAGUUCUUUCAAAUGUCCGACUGUACCCCAGAAAAAAGAUGCACUUUUGUUCCUCAUUAUUCUGUGGCCACAUUCCUUUGAAUGUCUUGCUCUUUAUUUUUAUUUUAUUUUUUAAAAUGAAAUUUGAACCUUUUGUGUCAAAACAUUGGAAGUAACUUUUAGCAGCACUCGAAAUCGAACAAAUUGUCCGUCGGUGUGAACGAGCCACCACGCCCCCCCGCCCCCAUGUACCCCCCACCCCACCCCCGCCCGAGUCAGCUAGCAUCGGCGCCAGCUCAAGUUUUUUGCUCAAAAUAUUUGAACUUUUAACCCUGAUACUGCAAAACUAAACACUUGUCAACUAACGUACGACUUGUAUACUCCUAACCAACACUUGAUUUGACUUGAAAUGACGACGAGAAGAAAUUUUUAGGAAAGUCGUGUGCUUGCGUGUUUUGCUCCAAAAACACUUUGCUGUCUCUUAUGUGCACUAACUCAGAUGUUUUAUUCAAAAAAAAAAUAAAAUAAAUCUAGAACGGAUGCAGAAGAUUUAAAAAAAAAAAAAAAGAAUAUUUAUUACAAAUUAAAAACUUGAAUAUUGUCAGUCCAUCCCAAAGGUGGCGAUGGCGUCGGCUAGCGCGGCGCUGUUAGCGUAGUUAGCGGUACGCCGCAGACUGUGACGCAGAUUAUGUAGAAUAUUUUCAAAAUGUGUCGUUGAGUCUUUUAUUUCAAAAGCGGAAACUGGGAGGGGAAAAAACAAAACAAAAGUCUUUAUGCAUAUCAGCUAGUUUAGCGACGCUAGCGGUUUAGCGGCCGCGCAAAGUUCGCCGCCGCGCGUGUUGAAGCGCGACGAAAGGAACGUCCCGUCGGGUGCGCGCGUGUCAAGUGUGCGUGUGUAUUGUAUGUAAAUAGUGUUGAUUUUGUACGGUACACGUGUGUGACUUGUUUUGUACACAUGACUUGAAAAGAUGAAAUGACACUUUUAUAAGAGUCCUCUAUUGGCUCACGUCACACUAUACAAGUGCAAUAAAGUGCUUUGAUUGGCUAAAGAGA